AUGACAAACGAUGAUGAGGAGACUUCAAUAGAUGGCAACCCUAUAGAGAAGGUAGAAGACUUUGUCUUCGUUGGAAGUGUAGUCCCCUCGGUUACCAAAUAUGUCAAGAGACGCACAAAUGUAGGUUCCUGGGCAUUUUGCAGACUGAGAAACAAUAUAUGGACCAACCAAGAUAAUUCAAGAGCCCUGAAGGUCAGAGUUUAUAAUGCCCUCAUUCGUCCUAUAGCCACGUACGGGUCAGAGACGUGGAUGCUAAGGAAAACUGACCGGGAUAAACUGGAGACCUUUGAGAUAAGAUGUCUGCGGACAAUAGCAGGAGUCCAUCUUCUAGAUGAAAUUAGAAGCGUAGACAUCAGAAAGUCAUUGAAAAUCUCCAAGACAAUAAAUGAGGAAAUAUCCAACCGCCGCCUGAAAUUGUUUGGACAUGUGGUACGUAUGCCACAGGAAUUAACGCCUACCAAUACAAGUCCACACCAAUGA